CAGCUGUCAGCCUCAGAAGCUCAAGAGCUCUGCUGGCUGCAGAAGUCGAGAUGGGCAGGAGCUCCCCCUUCGCCUUCUUCGCGCUCCUGUGGGCCAGCCAAGCGGCGAUGUGGGCGGCAGGACACUCCAAGGUGAACCCCAGGAUCAUCACAGCCCCUCAAGGUGUGAAAGAGUUUGUGCUGCCCAGGAGUGAGAAGUACCCAGUCUUCUACCACCAGGAGAACAGCUCAGCCAUCUACGUUGGGGGAGAGGGAAGGCUUUACUACUACGACUUUGCCACCUCUGAGAACUACACGGAAGACUUCCCAGUGAAAAAUGAAGGGCAGUGCCUGAUGCCUGGAAGUUUGGAGGACGAUAAGAACUACCUCACCUUGCUGGAGAAGUAUGGAGAUGCCUUGUUAGUCUGCGGCACCGGCGCCUGCGCUCCCACCUGCUGGAACCUGACCCAGAGGAAGGAGAGCACUCCGUGGGAUGGCAGAGGCAUUGCACCCUUCACCCCCGACUCCAACGCCCUCGUCGUCGUGGAUGGUCAUGACAUCUACUCCACCAUCAAGAAGAGCCAGCAGAACGGCAAGAUCCCUCGGUUCCGCCGCGUCAGAGGUGGGGGAGAGCUCUACACCAGCGACACAGUGAUGCAGAACCCUCAGUUUGUCAAAGCCACCACUUUAAGGCACGAAGAGCCUCACCAGGACAAGAUCUACUACUUCUUCCGUGAAGAUAACCCAGAUAAGAGCCCUGAGGCUCCUAGAAACAUCUCCAGGGUGGCCCAGCUGUGUAAGGAAGAUAAAGGAGGAACCAGCUCCCUCUCUGCUUCCAAGUGGACCACCUUCCUCAAGGCCACUUUGAUUUGUGUUGACCCAAUCACCAAGGGCAACUUCAACUGGCUGCAGGAUGUCUUCUUCGUCCCAGCCAGCAACUGGAGGCACUCCAAAGUUUAUGGCCUCUUCACAAACACCUGGGGAAGCUCUGCUGUCUGUGUCUAUUCCUUUGAGGACAUUGACAAGGUGUUUAGGACCUCCAAGCUCAAAGGCUAUCAUGGUCCCAACCCAGAGAUCAAGCCUGGGCAGUGUGUUCCCUCUGGCCAGCACACCCCCAGUGAGACCUUCAAGAUAGCAGACAGCCACCCCGAGGUGGAGGAGCGAGUGGAGCCCCUGUCCCCCUCCAAGAGCCCCUUGUUCCACAACAAGCACCGCUACCAGAGGAUUGGGGUGCACGAGGUGGCCGCGGGGGACGGACGCCGCUACAAUGUCCUCUAUCUGGCCACAGACAAAGGAUCCAUCCACAAGAUCGUGGAGCUGCCAGAUGGGGUGCAGAACAUCCUGGAGCUCCAGGUCUUCCCAAAGAAGGACCCAAUCCAGUCCAUGAUCCUGGACCACAAAAGGGCAGUGCUCUACGUGGGCUCCAACAGGAAGGUGGUGGAGAUCCCCAUGGAUAUGUGCAGGGUGUACCGAAGCAAGUGUGACAGCUGCCUGCUGGCCAGGGACCCUUACUGCGGCUGGCUCAACGGCUCCUGCCAGUCGGUUUAUCUCCACCGGGAGGUGCUUCAGAACCUAAACCUGGACCCAUGGGGAGGAAAGUGCCAAAAGGGGGAUGUGAAAGAAGCAGACGACUACCAGAACAUCACCGUCGUCCCUUUCUCCCGCUACUUCCUCAACUGCCCCAUCGAGUCCCACUAUGCCACCUACAACUGGUACCACAACGACAGCCUGAUCAAGACCUGCAACACCACCCACCCCCAGCAGGACUGCCUGCACUUCAUCCAGAACGUCAGCCACCUGCACUACGGCCACUACGUCUGCAUCUCGGAGGAGGACGGCUUCAGGCAGGCUCUGGUGAAGGAGCGCCUGCUCAACCAGCUCAGGUUCAUGUCCCAGAAGGGCCAGGCCACCAUCACCUUUGCCUCUUGGCUCCAGCUGCUUCUGGUGGUCCUCUUGCUGGAGCUCUUCCACUGAACCCCUCGGAGCUGUCUUCCUCCCCACCCAGCCCUGGCUGCUGCCUCUCUUCCUGCACUUCGCUGUGCGGCUCCCGAGGCUCCUCGCGCUCUCUCUGCUCGCUCCUUGGGGAUGUUCAGCUCUGACUGUCCCAAAAGGGGUCCUGGGCAGCAAAGCUUCCCAUCUUUUGACCUUGGUGGCAGAGUUGUGGCAUGGAAGAUGCAACUGCAAGGGCCAGAUGGAGCCUGGGUUUGGGGCCAGGAUGGGGAGAGGCUUACCCUAAGACGCGGGGGGGACGUUCGCUGUGCCCAGCAGCAUGGAGGUGGUGGCUGUGAACCUCUCCCCCCAAGACCCAACUCUGGUGGCUCUCUGCUGGUUAUCACUCAGCCCCCAACCCCUGGGGGUGGACUUUUGGAGGGGGGUGGGCUUUGGCCACCGUGCAUGCACUGAUCCUCAGGGCACCAAGGGCUCCUCUCGUUGGGAACUGUGCAUGUGAUGAAGAGGAGGAGGCUCCUCUCUUUGGGAACCCGUGCAUGUGAUGAAGAGGAGGAGCCAGCCCUCGACCCUGGGGAACUGGUGGAGCUCUGCUUCACCUCCAGCAGGGGCUUCCCAACUCCUUUUUGUUUCGGUGGCUAACAUCUGGUUGGGCUCCGACAUCCCAGUCCCCCUUCUGGCUUGGAGAAGAGAGCUCUGGGUGGCUUUUAAGGGUUGGGUGACUUGGUUGGGGGGUGUUUUGUUUGGUUUGCAGCUGGCUUUGACGUGUGUCUGUGUGGGGGAGGGGGGAAAGGGGAGCUGGGGAAACCUACCCCCCCGAGCAAGGGUGGGCACAAAGGGGAGCGUUUUGCAUGGCAAAAGGAAACCACAAAAGCCUGGGAAGAGGACUGGAUCUGGGAUGCGGGGAAGGACAGAGCCGAAGGGCCAGGGAGGGAAAAAAAAUGGAAGCAGAGCCCAAACCCAACCUGGGAGGGGCCCUAGGGAAGGAGUUUUAAACGCACAAAUCCUCUGCAGGCAGCUAAGGGCAUUUAUCCACGGGCAGCAGGUAGCUCCUGCUCCCCCAAACCCUCUCUCCUCUGGGAGAGGGACUGGGCUUCCUCAGGGAAAGAGGAUCUCAGGUCAAUGCCAAGGGGCUGGAGAAGUGGGGGUGGCUGGGUUGUGGCUGUGUGUGUCCCCCCACCACCACCCAGAGCAUCUCUGCCCCGAGGGCACAGGGGAAGGAGCAGGUUUUGCUUCCCUUGGGCCUCUGAGAUCUCCCAGCAAGACUAAACUGUGAACACAAAGGAUGCUCUCCCCCACGCCCCGGAGCCAGGCUUGGGGCCACCACCUUGGCCCAAACCUUCCCCAGCCUCCUGGCCCCUCCAGCCUCAAGAGUGAGCAUCCUGUCUCAUGCUUCCAUGCUCAGGGCAGCACAGCUGCUGCCUGUGCCUGCUCAGAAGGGCCUGAGGGGGGGGUUCUCUUUGGUCCAAGCUGGGGGAGGAUGGCUUGGGACUGCCACUGGCUACGGACAAGGGGUCAGAGCUUCCUACUGCACUACAUUUCCAAGCUCCUCCUCCCUGAACCCUAGGAUAGAGCUUCUCACAGCCCUUCUCAAAGCACUUUAACUUUGUGAACUAACAAAUAACCUAUUUAUUAUCAGCUGGUGGUUACUGGACUUGUGUGUGAUUUUAUAUCAUCUGGAGAGAAAGGGGAGUGGGGGGAGGGCUGGGUGGGGGGGGUGGGGGAGGUUAGAAAAGAGCAACCAACGAGCACCACCACAGCUACCAAAACCAGACACGACCUUUCAGAGCUGUGACCAAAGUCAGGAGGUGAUUGUUGGAAUAAAGCCUGCAAAAGAGCAA